AUGUCGUCCUAUUCCGUCUCCGUCACCAAUGUCCCCGCCAUAAAAAACGCCCCCCUCAUUGGUCUCGCAGAGGGCAAUGGCUACUUCUCCAAUGCCCACCUCGCUGCCCUCGUCCUCGGCGUCCCAUGGAUCGUCAAGCGCACCCUCCCCGUCGUCUCCUACGGCGGCUUCAAGACCUACGUCUUCCUCGUCCUUCUCCUCGGCCUCCCCAUCACCGUCUCCUACUGGAUGCUCAUGAGUAUCUACGGCCCCCGUAAGAACCAGAAGGUUCAGCUCCCCGGGCGCAGCAUCGAGGAGUACAUCACCAUCAAGGACCCCGAGCUCAGGGCAAAGUACUUUGGCAAGGAGAAGAUUCCCAUGCAGAUCUUCCACGACGCCUUCUUCGACGACAAGAUCGACUUCAACGGUGAUGUUCUUGAGAUCAUGGAGGCGCGCCACGACUGGGCCAAGAUGGUCAUGACCCCCGAGCUCUUCAAAUACCUCUUCACCCAGAUGCUCCCCGAGGUCAUCAUGCACUCCAAGAGCCAAGACGAGGAGCAGGUUCGCGACCACUACGACCGCGGUGAUGACUUCUAUGAAUGGUUCCUUGGUCCCCGCAUGAUCUACACCUCUGGCGUCGUGCUCGACAUCACCCGCGAAGAAACCCUCGAGCAGCUCCAGGACAACAAGCUUACCAUCGUCUGCGAAAAGCUCAACCUCAAACCCGAGGACCGCCUACUCGACGUCGGCUGCGGUUGGGGUACUCUCUGUGCCUUUGCCCACAAGAACUACGGCUGUGAGGUCACCGGCAUCACCCUCGGCAAGAACCAGACCAAGUUCGGAAACGCUCGCAUCGCGGCCAAUGGCGGCGACCCCUCCCGCGCCCGCGUCCUCUGCCUUGACUACCGUGACAUCCCCGGCGGCCGCGCCGCGUACUCCAAGAUCGUGUCUCUCGAGAUGGCCGAGCACGUUGGUAUCCGCCGCUACGGCGCCUUCCUCCGCCAGAUGUACGACCUCCUCGAGGACGACGGCGUGUUCGUGUUCCAGGUCGCCGGUAUCCGCCCCUCAUGGCAGUACGAGGACCUGAUCUGGGGCCUCUUCAUGAACAAGUACAUCUUCCCCGGUGCUGACGCCUCUGCGUCCCUCGGCUGGGUCGUCAACCAGGUCGAGGCCGCAGGCUUCGAGGUCAAGAACAUCGACGUCCUCGGCGUGCACUACUCGGCCACCCUCUGGCGCUGGUACAAGAACUGGGUCAGCAACAAGGACAAGGUUAUUGAGACCUACGGCGAGCGCUGGUACCGUAUUUGGGUCUACUUCCUUGCGUCCGCGACUAUCAUCUCCCGCCAGGGCAGUUUCUCGGUCUUCCAGCUCACCCUGUAUAAGAACCUGAACGCGACGCCCCGUAUCCUCGGCGUCCCGAACCACGCCUCGAUCCAUGUCCACCCCGACCGCGAGAUCCUCUCCGUCGACUGA